AUGUGCGAGGUGCAGCACUCGAAAAUGGAGAGGGGGGAGCAGAGUGAGUACCCAUCAAGUCUGGCACUCAUGGACAGCAGUGACCCACGCGCCUGGCUGGCUCCCAUGCAGUCUGGCACCUGUGCGGCACACGCCGACUACCUGCUGCACUCGCCCAGCUCCAGCUUGGAAGGCGGGUUUCCCACAUCCGGCCACAGCCCAAAUGUUAGAAAGAGUUCCAAUAGUCCGCUCAAAGUGCGGGACUUGUGUCGGCUAAAGGGAUCCGUAAGCGCCGAGGAGGGCAGACAGAGAGCUCCAUCCAAUCCCGGUAACGUUGUGCAGAAGGUGAGGCGCCAGGCAGCCAAUGCGCGGGAGAGGAGACGGAUGCAUGGCUUGAACCAUGCCUUUGACGAGCUGCGCAGUGUCAUCCCUGCUUUCGACAAUGACAAAAAGCUUUCCAAAUACGAUACCCUGCAGAUGGCCCAGAUCUACAUCAACGCGCUGGCGGACCUGCUCCAGGGUCCCGGUGUGGACUCGCCAAAGUGUGACCUGUUGUCCGCCACGGAGAGUCCCCGGGGAUCCUCCGCCUCCACCUGCCAAAGGGACGCAGGCACUGGGCUACCGGUCCAGCUUAACGGGAUCCCAUUCCCAGUCGAAGACGGCUCGUUCUCUACUUUGAUGGAGCAAGAAAUGCGGUCUCCCUCGGGGACACCCAGUUCCAGCUCUGAGAGCAGAAAGGACUCCCUUCAGUCGAACCGCAGUGACGGAGAGUUCUCCCCGCACUCCCAUUUCAGUGACUCGGAUGAGAUGCAGAUGGAGCUCCUGAGCGAAGAUGAGCUCUCUGAACUCAAGCUUUCCAGCCUUCACAAAUAUUGAGACUUUCAAAUCGUGUCAAUCAUAUCUGCUGG